AGACAUGCUAGGAAUCAAAAAGUAAUUACACAAACAGAUAAGGUUUACAUGCCAAGGGCAUGGGGCAUUCCCUCCUAAAAAUAUAAAACACAGAGAAAGAACUAGAACUGUGCCAAUGACACCUACCAGGACCCACCAAACAGAUCUGAAGAGUGAAGCCAAGUAACUACUGUUAUUUUGAAACAUGGGCGACUCAAGCACUAUAGUUGAAACCACUCCAUCUGUACAGCAGAAGAAGAUGGAGAAGGCUCUUUGGUUCUUCCGAACUGGAGAUCUCACCGCCUGGAAUUAUGCCAUCCUUGCUCUUGCAUUUGUUGCAUUGUUUUUGGGAAUUUUUGUACUAGUCCGGAGUAUUUUUAACAACAGGAAGAAGAAGAUGAUUGCCCUCUACCAGAAGAAUGCAAAUGCUGCUCUAUCAGUGGAGGCUGAUGGCAAACAGGCUGUAGUCCACCUGGAGAAAGACACAGCAUCUCAAGAGGACAACCUUUUGAAAAAGGAACCACAGCCAGGAGAUAUCACAGUGCAGUGGAAGGAUGGGCAGAUCACCUCCCUCUAUACAGAAGUGCCAGAGGAGGAUGUUUAAACAGAAAGAGGCAUUUUUAUUGAAAUGACCAGGGAGAAGUGCAGAAUGGUGGAAUGGCUGGGAAAGGGCAACACAGAUGUUCCACAUUUUAAGACUGUCUUUUUCAGAACCCCUCUUUCCUACCUGUGCCUUAACCUGUUAGUAACAAUUCUCCCUGGACUGGAAAAUGUAUAUUGCUUCACUGUUAUUUAGAAAAACAGAUUAAGGUACAUCAUUGUUCAUUUCCAGUUAAAGAAAUGACAUCUUCAAAGCUUGUGUAACUCUAAAUCUUCUUUUUCCAAGACCAAACACUACUGUUACCGCUGGCAUUUAAAAGGUCAGUAUCUCUGUACUGAGAUAUACUAAUGGGGAAUCCUUGCAAACAUGCGGUCUGUUUUAAUUUUAAUAUUUAAUAUUCAUUUCUUAGUUAUCUUUUUUGUGAGUGACUUCAAUUUGUACUUUGAACAGCUGAUGUAGAGAAAUGGCCUUACAGAUUACCAGCCUCUGACAAGCAGCCCUUUAUUUACUUAAAUAUUUGGAUACAUUGUAAUUCAUUUGUUUUUGAUGUUUUUUCUUUUUUUAACAAAAAAAAAAUAUGCUGUAUGGCGUGGACAUCCCUAAACACACAAUUUGUAUUAUAGUCAGAGAUAGUAGUUACAUAGACGUUUGGUGGGUUAUUUGGUUUUAUAUUCAUUAUACCUCCACUUGCAUAUCUUUAAUAAGGAGAUGACUUCAUGACUGUUUAUUUUAUAGACAAUGUUAAUUGCUACCCCAGCCCUGUUAUAAUUUAUAUCAUAGACAUGGACAUGUGACAAAAUUUCAGCCCUUGGCCCAUUAAUAAAGCAGCUAUCAAUGGCAACGGAGUCUCGUCUAAACUAUAUGAAAGAACAAAAUGAAA